AUGAGGAAAAGAUGGAUAAUACUUUUAUCCCUUAUAGGGGCUUUUCUUUUCUCUGGGAUUUUAUAUUUUUGUGCCAAACAACUGAAAAAUCAUGAAUACAAGCCUAGGUUUUAUUUGUCAGGUGAGAAUGGCAAGAAAGGUGACCUUGAAAGUAAAGAAAUGGCAAAUAUGAAAAGACAGCUACUCACUUCCGUAUCAAAGAAUUCUAAAAAUCAUCUAAAAGGCACAGUGCCAAAAAAUCUCGUGUUUGACAUUUCCAAGACUAAAGAUGAUGGAACGAGUGGAUACAUGAAAAUCAUUAGUGAGACUUAUGUCCAAAUUCCAGGAUUCAAGGGUUUCACUCAUGUUCUAAAAACCAAAUCCAAGGUCUCACUAUAUAAAUUCCGCGACUUUGAACAGAACGGUUUACCUUCUGGAAAGGAAUUUGAAGCAUUUUUAACCUUUUUUAAGGAGGAUGAAUUGGAUGGACUUCCUUAUGUUGUUUGUCCUGUAUCUUCAAUUGAUACCAUGUCAUAUGAAUGUUAUCUAAGGAACCCCAAUGACGAUUGGACUAGGAAUGAUUCAUUAUCUGAAAUUGACGUAACAGAUUCCGAAUUUGGUGAAAAAGCUUCUAAAAUUGUUUAUGACCAUUACUUGUCAGAUUCCUCUUCCUUUGGUGAUACUGAGUCUACUAAUUAUGACGUAGAGUCUGCCAUUAAUGAUUUAGAAUCUGCUAUUAACGAUUUAGAGUCUUAUAUUGGCUCAGAAGAUUCAUCCGCUAACAGUUUUGAUGAUAAAGUUUAUGAUAAUUUCGAGUUUGACAUUUCCAGAACUGAUGAUGGAACGAGUGGUCCUGUUAGAACUAUUGGUGGCACAUAUGUUCAAAUUCCAAAAUUUAAAGGUUUUACUCACGUUAUAAAAGGUAAAUCCAAGGUUUCAACCUAUAGAUUCCAUGAUUGUGAACAGAAUGGCUUACCCACAGGUGAACAUUUCGAAGCAUUUUUAACAUUUUUUAAGGAAGAUAAUUUAGAUCAUUUGCCUUAUGUCGUUUGUCCCGUAACAUCAAUUGAUACCAUGUCAUACGAAUGUUAUCUAAGGAACCCCAAUGACUCAUGGAGUAAAAACGAGUCCUUAUCUGAGAUUGAUAUAAUGGAUGCCGAAUUUGGUGAAAAAGCUUCUAGCAUCGUUUGCCAGCACUAUGAUAUUGAAAAUUAA